AUGUACUCGGUUUUCCACCUUGAAGUUCCAUUUUUAUCUCUGUCAGGUCUUGUUGCCACCACCCUUCGCGACCGCAGACCUCCCCUCCAAGCUAAUCUCCGGUGCUUCCUCUGCUCCUCUCGAGUUCCUAGGUUUGCUAUCGGCAAUUCCCUCUCUUCUCGAGUUCCUAGGUUUGCUGGCAACUCCCUCGUCGCUAAUUCUUUUCCGCCAACAAAUGGAGUUUAUACCGUUGGUGACUUUAUGACAAGGAAAGAGGAUUUACAUGUGGUGAAGCCUACUACACCGGUCGAUGAAGCGCUGGAAACUCUUGUUGAACAGAGAGUAACUGGUUUUCCUGUUAUAGAUGAUGAAUGGAACUUGGUUGGUGUUGUUUCCGAUUACGACUUGUUAGCAUUGGACUCUAUAUCAGGUCCUGCAAGAGAUGAUAACAACAUGUUUCCAGAAGUGGACAGAACUUGGCGAACUUUCAAUGAGGUUCAGGAACUUCUGAGCAAGACCAACGGGAAGUUGAUUGGCGAAUUAAUGACCACCACACCUAUGGUUGUUCAGGAGACAUCCAAUCUUGAAGAUGCAGCUAGGUUAUUGCUGCAAACAAAGUUUCGACGACUACCAGUUGAAGAUGCCGAGGGUAAGCUGGUUGGGAUCAUCACAAGAGGAAAUGUUGUAAGGGCCGCACUUCAAAUUAAACGAGCUAGCGAAAAACGAAAGAAUGGAAGUACAUAG